AUCUACGCAGCUAAUAUAUCAAAAACAAAACCCAGAGAAUCCCAGUGCUGAGUCUUCGUGCUACAAGGCUGGGAUCUAAAAUGCAAGCGGUUGUCAAAAGCUUCAUUUUUGCCCUUUUGGUUUGUUCAUUCACCUCGGCGCAAGAAUGUUCCCGGAAAGAGAUCACCUUUGCAAAUAUUCAAAAAACUGGCCUCGCCGCGAAGUAUGAUUCCGGAGAUACAGUGAGAGUGAACUGUGAGACAGGCUACGUUGGAUUCCUUAAACUUACUUGUGACAAGGGUGUAUGGACAAAAGACGCCGGGAGAGAGUGCAAAAAAAGGCCGUGUGGUCACCCAGGAGACACGCCAAAUGGAGACUUUAAACUCAUAGGAGACACGGAGUUUGUGUUUGGAGUUACAGUGGAAUACACUUGCAGACCAGGGUAUGUAAUGGCCAGCAGGGUAAACAUUCGUCACUGUCGUAGCCAAGGGUGGGAUAAUGCUGUCCCUGUCUGUGAAGUGGUGAAGUGCCCAGCAAUUCAAACCUCUGGAGAUUUGAUUGCAACAGGCAACACUGAGGAAGCAAGCUUUGAUGAUGUUAUUCACUUUGAGUGUACAUCUCGUCAGAUGAUGCUUGAUGGACGAGAAAACAUUCAUUGCACGGAACGGGGAACUUGGAGUGGAUCUGUUCCAAAAUGCAUAGAAAUAAGAUGUAAGCUGCCUACAAUACCACAUGCGAUUAUUAAUGACGCCAAGGAGGAAUACAAAGAGAAUGAACAGUUAAAAUAUUCCUGUGAAAAAAAAUACAGGCCCAGACAUGGAACCCCAAAGUGUCUCAGAAAUGGCUGGAGUAUAACACCAGAAUGUGAAGAAAUUAAUUGUCUGCUUGGGCCGCCCACACCUGGAACAAGCACAAGCCCAAAAGGGAAGAAUGUAUUCAGGGUUGGAGAGAGUGUAGAGAUCACCUGCUCAGAUAGUCACUGGUUGUAUGGAACAAGAGAGAUCAAACGAAACAUUAUAUGCAAAGAAAGUGGUGAAUGGGAACACUCGCCUGUGUGUGAGGAAAUUACUUGUGAUAUUCCCUAUGGCCAGCAUGUGGACAGUCCUCACUACUACUUUAGUAGGGACAGAAGAUUGGGGGUCGAAAAAUCAUACUGGUGUGAAAGUGGGUAUCGGGCAGGAGCUAGAACUGCCACGUGUACAGAGAAAGGCUGGCUUCCAAACCCACUGUGCACUGAGAUUGUGUGUCCUGAGCCAACAAUUGAAAACGCAAGACUGCCAGAGAAUCCACAACGUCCUUAUAAACCAGGUGCACGUAUUCGGUACCAGUGUCUACAUGGAUCUAGCACGUUUGAAAUCACCUGUGGUUGGCAGGGAGAAUGGAACAAUAUACGUCCCUGCCCUGCUACCUGUCCAAAACCUGAUAUGGUGAUAACCAGUGGCACCAUUAUUGAACCUCAAAAGGUCAAGAAUGUCUACACAAAAGGAUAUACUGUGGAAUAUAAAUGUUCUGAAGGAUUCGUGUUUGAGAAGGAAGGCGUUGCCCGCUGUACUGGGAGGGAGUGGACAUACCCAAAAUGUAUACCUAAACCGAACGUCUGUGCUUCAUUCCGUUUGGAAAAUGGACUCACACAUUAUUUCACAAAGGACACAGAUUCUCCCAGACCGUCUCAGGGUAUUUACUACUCAUGUGACGCAGAUUAUAAAACAUUUGAAUACACAUGGUGGGGAGAAACAAGCUGCAGUCCGGAUGCUUUGGACUACACACCACGGUGUAUACACAAAAAUAAGUGUGGCCGUAUUCCCAACAUUCCACAUGGAAAACUAGCUUAUGACCAACAUCAUCAAAGGGAUUUGAUUAAUGUCUAUUGUGAUUUUGGCUUCAAAGCAAACACAUCUUUCGUCACAUGUAAAAACGGACAGUGGACGACCACGAAAUGUGAACCCCUAACAGGUGAAAACUAUGGUGCUCCUCCACAAGUAGAAAAUGCAGUCAUCACUGAAUACACUCAAGAGCCACACCAAACAAUAGUGAAAUUUGAAUGUCGAGAACAUUUUGAACUAAAGGGGAGACAGACAGUUUACUACAUAAACAAACACUGGGAUAAAACACCUACAUGUGAAUUGUCAAAAUCUGCAUGUGGAAAACCUGAAACGAAGAUAACCCGUGGCAUCAUUAAAGAUUCUGAAGAGAUCAUGGACUACUACACAGAAGGAGAUACUGUGGAAUAUAAAUGUUUUGAGGGAUUCAUGUUUGAGGAUGAAACGUCCGCACGCUGUACUGACGGGAACUGGACUUACCCAAAAUGUAUACGUGACGUCUGUGGGCCUCCUCCACAAGUAGAAAAUGCGGAUAUCAAAUCUUCCGUUAAAGAGCCACGAAAAGAAGUGACAUAUGAAUGUCAUGAACAUUUUGAACUGAAGGGGAGACGCACAAUUUACUGCAGAAGCAGAGGCUGGGAUGAAGCACCUACAUGUGAAUUGUCGCCAUCUUCAUGUCUAAAACCUGAAGAGAUAAGCAGUGGCUCCUUUAAGGAUCCUCAGAAGACUAAGGACUACUACACAGAAGGAGAUACUGUGGAAUAUGAAUGUUCUGAAGGAUUCAUGUUUGAGAUGGAAAACUCUGCCCGCUGUAUUGGGCGGCGUUGGACUUACCCAAAAUGUAUACGUGACGUCUGUGGGCCUCCUCCACAACUAGAAAAUGCGGAUAUCAGGUCUUCCAUUGAAGAGCCACGAAAAGAAGUGACAUAUGAAUGUCAUGAACGUUUUGAACUGAAGGGGAGAGGCACAAUUUACUGCAGAAGCAGAGGCUGGGAUGAAGCACCUACAUGUGAAUUAAAGCAUGAUCAACCUGGUACAACACCUUCCAAGACUACUGGCAAAGACUGUGGCCGGCCUCCACAGAUUGAAGAUGCCGUACAGGAUUUUAAGGAUCGAUAUGAGCACGGUGAAGAAGCUGCUUAUGACUGUCCUGCAUUCUACAAAAAGGAAGGUUAUCUGACCUGCACACAAGGCAGAUGGACAGGAAGUGGGAAGUGCUGGAAACCCUGCACUGUGGAUCUUAAAGCUAUGGAUGAACGUAAUAUACAGCUAAGGCAUAAAUACACAGAAAAAAUCUAUUCAACACAUGGAGAUUUUAUUGGGUUUUCUUGUAAAAGCGGAUAUAGACCAGUGGAAGGCAGUGUUUCCCUCCGUCAGAGCUGCAAUAAUGGAGAAAUUCCCUUGCCUGUUUGUGAAUAGUGAGUCACAGGUUCCCUUUAAAGUGCUGUGGGGGGUUAGUUGUGCACUUCACUGCUUAAAGAAGAAUCAGUCAUUUUAACCUGCUGUCUUAGAAGUUCAGAUGUUUGUGUAGUGAUAAAUAACUGAGGAGGCUGCCAUUCAAACUACAUUCAGAUAAACUUCCAUUCAGUUAGCAGAAGAAUGGAUUGUGUUCAGUCAAACACAAUAAAUUAUGGUGACCAGAGAGCUUCACUCACUUUCAUGAGCUAAAUAAACCAAAGAAAUGAUGAUUGUAAAACACAGUGUUCGAUAUAAUUAAUCGAUCCAUCUCCUGGGAGAUCAAAUGAAAUGUCAUUUACAAACUUAACCUCUUAAGUAGCAUUAAUGAAGAAGCCCUUUGAACUACUCAUAACCUUUGCUUGCUCUAUGUUGUUCAUUAUUUGUUUUCCAGCAAAAUUAAUAAAGCAUUUGACUUGUGACUUGAA